UUCACCAUCGGGGGCCUCGCUAUAAUUCUGCCCUCUAUAAGCCCGUACACCAAGUACGCCACCAUGAUCAACCAGGUCACACCCUACAACUACCCAGUGCCCGUCCGAGAUGAUGGGAACAUGCCUGACGUGCCCAGCCACCCCCAAGACCCCCAGGGCCCAAGCCUGGAGUGGCUGAAGAAACUGUGAGCCCCUCCACUGAUGGAGGAGGCCCCACCCCUAGGGCCCCCAAUAAAAAUGUGAACACAGACUCCUGAA